UGAUAACCAAUGUUAUCUUUGCAAGUACGGAAUGUUUUCGAAACUUGGUAAACAGAAACACGCGUAAGAGCCUCAAACGACUAAGGCAGAAUUGGACGUUUGGAUGGAUCAACGGACGAUUGCAGGGAUUACAGGGCAUCUGGUCUGAAUUCGGGCUUGAUAAUUGCUUUUAAAUGUGUGAAUGAUUUGUAGUUCAUAGAACUUGAAUUUAAUUACGGAUUAAAGCACUCAUAACAGAGGUCGAAAUUAUAGUACAAGUACUAUCGCCCUUUAAUUUUAAUCAGAAAGUGCAAAUUUUAAUUAAUAAAUUAUUGUAAUUUAUACGGAUUGUUUGAUUAUACAAUCUUACAAUUCCCAAAAUCCACGAUCUGUUUAUUAACAAACGUGUUUGCCUCCCUCCUGGAAUGUAAAGUUCGAAUAAGGUGUCUUUUUUAUUUCGAAUAAAGUUCAAAUGAUGUAGUGUGAAAACUAUGAUUAUUAUUUUUAUGAACCCAGCUGUGGCAACACCCCUUGAUAAGCGCCGAUUGCAGGGAGCUGCGGGGCCUGCUCCGAAGUCGAUUCCUUAUCUGCCGAGGCGGUUUGUUUUUGGUCGCUUGAGAAUCCGACCGGCAGUCGCGGUUCCACCAACGCAAAGUGCAGUACCCAUUUCGUGCUCAGUGAUUAAAAAUAAUAAUAUGGCAGGAAUCGGAAAGAUCGGCUUCCUAGGAGGCGGCAACAUGGCCAAGGCUCUGGCCAAAGGUUUCCUAGCAGCAGGCCUGGCGAAGCCCAACACCCUGAUAGCCAGUGUCCAUCCGGCGGAUAAGCUGUCCCUGCAAUCAUUCAAGGCCCUGGGAGUGGAAACAGUGAUCCAGAAUGCUCCUGUGGUGGAGAAAUCCGAUGUGGUUUUCAUUUCCGUUAAGCCACAAGUGGUGCCCACAGUGCUCUCCGAGAUUCAGCCCCUGAGCUCCGGCAAGCUCUUCCUCUCCGUUGCGAUGGGCAUCACCCUGCCCACCAUCGAGUCCAGUCUGUCGUCCCAAGCUCGAGUGAUCCGCGUGAUGCCCAAUCUUCCAGCCGUGGUCUGCUCCGGUUGUUCUGUCUUCGUCAGGGGCUCCAAGGCCACCGACUCCGAUGCGGAGAUCACCCAGAAACUGCUGCAAUCCGUUGGAACGUGCGAGGCAGUGGACGAAUCCCAGUUGGACGUGGUAACGGCGUUAAGUGGAAGUGGACCUGCCUAUGUUUUCGUAAUGAUCGAAGCUUUGGCGGACGGCGCAGUACACAUGGGCAUGCCUAGGGACCUGGCAUACCGCUUGGCCUCCCAGACAGUGUUGGGUGCCGGUCACAUGGUCAGAGAUAGCGGCAUGCAUCCAGGACAGCUGAAAGACGGGGUCACAAGUCCGGCGGGUUCAACGGCAGCGGCACUUCGCCAUUUGGAGCUGUCAGGUUUUCGGUCAGCGGUGGCGGGUGCGGUGGAGCAGGCGACCUUGCGCUGCCGGCAAAUCUCGGGCAAGCAGUCAUAGACAUAGGAUUCCCUAAGUAUCGGGUGGGUCAAUUAUACUUUAAUAAUUAGAGUUUAGACAUUUGUUAUUUUAAAUGUAUAAACAUUAAUCUUCUCCUUCUUUUACGAAGUAAUACAUAAUUUCUGUCAAUAAAUAUGUAUGUAUAUGUUUUAUUUCAA